CCUAACGGCGCUUCUAUUAGUUAGCACUGUAGAGCGCUGAUUAUGAUCUGUGACGGUUUUGACGGGUUGGAGAAAAGUCGGAUAGAUUACCGCAGUUACAGAUAUAUUGAAUUGAAUAAUGGCCUGAGGGCUAUAUUAGUAUCCAACCUAAAGCCUGGCGAAGAAGCGCCUGACGAAUCUUUGUCGGGUUCAGAUCUUGAAAGUAGUGCUUCAGAAAGUUUCGAAGACGAAGAUUAUGAUAUUGAUGCAAACACUCCAAGCGAUCAAGAGGCGAAGUCUGCUGCUGCUUUAUGCGUUAGAGUGGGAAGUUUCUCAGAUCCCGUUGAAGCUCAGGGUUUAUCACAUUUUUUGGAACAUAUGGUAUUUAUGGGUAGUGUAAAAUAUCCAACAGAAAAUGAUUUUGAUGCGUAUCUUAGUCAACGUGGUGGAACAAAUAAUGCAUGGACAGGCAAUGAAUCUACUGUAUUUCAUUUCGAUGUGAAACGUAAACAUUUUGCUAAUUGUCUUGAUAAAUUUGCCAACUUUUUUAUUUCACCACUAUUAAGUAAAGAUAGUAUAGAUCGUGAGAUUAAUGCAGUGAAUAGUGAAUUCGAAUUGGCAUAUACUAAGGAUUCAUCAAGACUUCAUUAUUUAAUUGGUCAUUUAUCUCGUAAAGGUUGUCCUUAUCAACUAUUCGGUUAUGGAAAUUGUAAAUCAUUACGUGAAAUCCCAGAACAAAAUGGUACAGAUAUUUAUUCACUUUUAAAUGAACAUCGAAAAAAUUUUUAUUCUGCUGAUCGAAUGACACUUGCUGUACAGUCAAAACAUCAGUUAGAUGAUUUGGAAGUGUUAGUACGAAAAAUUUUCACGGAUAUACCAAAAAUUGGAUUACCUAUGCCAAAUUUUCAUUGUCCUGAUCCGUUUGAUAUUCAAUCAUUUGCUAAAUUAUAUAAAGUAUGUCCUUUGAGUGUCAAAGAGAAAUUACGUAUUGUAUGGAUACUUCCACCACAAAUUGACAAUUAUGAAUCAUCUCCAAUGGAAGUAAUAUCUUCUCUCAUUGGUCAUGAAGGUAGAGGAAGUAUAUUGGCUUUACUUAAAAAAGAAAAUCUUGCUGUUUCACUUGGUGCAGGAGUGAAUUGUUCAUCAGAUUUUGAUAAUUCUAGUUUAUGUGCAAUUUUUAUGGUGAAUAUUCAACUUACUGAUUAUGGUCGUGAUCAUAUAUUUCGUGUGUGUGGUAUAUUGUUUGAUUAUAUCAAAAUUCUACUGCAUUCAGCGUUGACAUCCAAAUCGAUCUCUGCGAUAAACGGCAGUGUAGUCGAUGGUCAUACCAACAACAACAACAACAACAAUAACAAUGACAUUGAAGGUGAAGACGGCGACAACGACGGCAUUCAUGCAGCAAAACAUCAUUGUCAUCAUCAUAAACAUACAUUCAACACGUAUAUACCAGAAUAUCAAAUGGUGAAAACAGCAAAUUUUUUAUAUACUGAACCAGAAGGAGCUGAAGAUACAGUAGUGAAUUUAGCUAGUAUGUUACAAUUGGUGAAAUGGGAACAUGUUUAUUCUGGUUAUAGAUUAUUGAAAAAACCGGAUAUGGAAUUAUAUAUUAAUUUAUUGAAAUUAAUGACACCAGAUCGUGCAGCUAUUUUCUUCCUUUCAUCAACAUUUGCUGCAUCAGUGAAAAAUGAUGAAUCUAAUUUAUUGCAUGAAUCAUGGUUUAAUGUGGCUUAUCAAAAAGAAGAUAUACCUGAACAUAUUAUGAAUGAUUGGUUACAUUCGAAACCAGAUGAAAAACAAUUACAUCUCCCGUAUGAGAAUAAAUUUCUAACUACGGAUUUCAAUUUAUUAGAUUCCAAAACUGAUAUGAAACAACCUGUAGAUUUAAACUUAGAGCCUGGUGCUGAAUCACGUUUAAAAUAUGGUCAUUUAUGGUUUCAACAAAGUACACGAUUCAAAUGUCCCAAAGCUGCUGUAAUGAUUCAUCUUUGGUCGGAUAUUGUAUCGAAAACAAAAGAAAAUAUGGCAUUGCAUACAUUAAUGGUUUAUGGUUUAAAUCAAUCAUUGAGUACAAUAACUUAUGAAGCUGGUGAAGCAGAUUUAGUACAAGAUGUAGCAUUUCGUGAUAACGGUUUACGUAUUUGUGUUAGCGGUUUCAGUGAAAAAUUGUUUUAUUUUUAUUCAACAAUACUUGAUCAUAUAUUAGAUCAAACACAAGAUUUAUCUAAAGAAUAUUUUGAAUCAUAUCGUGAUGCUGUACGUCAAAUUUAUUAUAAUGAAGCACUUAAACCAAAUGUAUUAAAUACGCAUCUUCAAUUUUAUCUACUUCGUAAAGAAGCUUAUCUCAUACCGGAUUUAUUGAAUGCAUUGAAAAAUUUAUCUGUAGCUAAUCUUGCCGCUUAUAAACAUCGAUUUUUAUCAAGUUUACAUAUUACGGUUUAUGCUUAUGGAAAUAUUAAACGACAGGAUGCUAUAAAUUUCUUUAAUUAUACAGUGGAGAAAAUUCAACCUAUUCCGUGCCCAACAAGAAAAUUGGUUGAUACAGCUAUCUUAAAUCCGGGCACAUAUUAUUUACGUGUUAUGAAUUGUAAUCCAAAUGAUGUGAAUAUGUGUUUAGCACGAAUACAUUUACUAGAUGGUGGUGGUGAAUCAAAUAUUAUUCAACAACAAUGUUAUAAUAAAUUAUUGGCAUUUAUCUUAUCCGAACCGGCAUUUGACUAUUUACGUACAAAAGAAACCUUAGGCUAUACAGUGUAUCUUCGUUAUUGGCGAUCAUCACCUGGUGGGAAUCUGCACACAGGUAUCAGUCUGGUUGCAUAUAGUCCAGCAAAUAAAUAUUCCAUUGAUUAUGUCGCUGGAAGAUUGACUGCUUUUUGGCGUCGUAUAGCUCCAAGAAUUAUUGCUGCUAUGCCAGCGGAAAUAUUUAAAACUUCAGUCGAAUCAUUGAUAUCUGUACAUCAAUUAGAAGAUCCGAAUAUGAUGACAGAAUUUGAAAGAAACUGGGAAGAGAUUAUAGAGAGCACAGCGAAUUUUAAUUAUCGUGAAGAAUGUGUGAAAAUUUUAUCAACUAUUACACAAGAAAGUUUAUUGAAUUUCUUUUUAACUGAAUAUUUAGAUGUUAAAAAACAACGUUCUAUAUUUGUACAGGUUGAUGCCAGUGCUAAUCCAGAAUUAAACACCAAUUCCGUGUCUAAUUCAUAUUAUCUGAAUAUUGAUUUGAUCGACACCAAUCAAGAAACGCUGAACAAUGAAUAUACAAGUAUUAAUAGUAUUGACAUUGUCAAUGCUCUAAUGACAUGCGGUUAUGAUGAGAAACAAGCAAUGGAAUUUAUAACGAAAUUAAAUUCUGACAACAAUGAUCAUAAUAAUAGUAAUAAUACUAAUGAUACUACUAAUAUUAAUAAUAAUACUACUAAUACCAAUGAUAAUAGUCGUCUACAACUAUUAUUGGGACAAGCAGAAAAUGAAGUGGACGAACAAAACACCAGUGUGUUCAUUAAUAAUUUGUUUAAAUUUCGUUCAACUAUACCAUAUCAAUCUGGUCGAAAUGUGUAAUAAAAGUAUGAAGUGGUGAGAAGCGAGAUUGAUUGGUUGAUUGAUUGGUGUGGUUCUGGUUCUUUGCCGUUCUUUGUAAUCUUUAACAACAACAACAACAAUGAUGAUGACGAAGAUCAUCGCCGAUGUACACGCAAGCACACAGACACACACACACGCAACUCUUAUUUUCUGUUUUAUUCUUGUUUCUUCUUCUUCUCAGUUUAGCCCACACAAACACACACUAAAAAAAAACUUUUAUUUUAGUUGCCUUUCAUUCUUUUUAUUUGUACAUAAUGUUCAUGUGUACUGGUGGUACUGGUACUGUACUGCACUGUACUGCAUUGUACUACUACUGUUGACGAAUGAAUUAUUAUUAUACAUCCCAAUAUGACAAGUGAAAAGAAUACUUUGUUUGACAAUAUAAAGAAAAAUACUCAAUUUUAA